UGUAACGUUAACCUUUGGCGCGAAGGUGAAGACAGUUUUAUAAUAUUUUAUAGUUUUUGUUUUUCAGAUUUAAUAAAUGCUUAGGUCUUGCGAGGUUGAACGGGUAAACAAUAGAGUCAAGUAAACAGUAAAAUAAACCAGACAUCUUGCAAAUUAUUUAUAACCUUUUGCUGCACUAUCUGUAACGCGAGUCGCAUUUUUAGCAAAAUGGAGGAUGCAAUUACAGCUCGUUUCAAAGUUUUAAUUGUUAAUAGUAACGACGCAUUAGAAUUCAAAUUAGUUCGUAACGUUGAAGAUUUGGAAGAUGAUAAAACUAGCUUUAAGCCAGAAAUGUCGCAUCAAGUGUUUGGAACCAGUGAAUCGAUAUUUGGUUACCGUGAUUUAAAGGUAAAACUUUAUUACUCAGCUGGUUCGCUGGAGACUUACUUAGGAAUGUCAUACGCUGAGAAAGUAAAUAAAUCAAUAUACGAAGGUGUCGAAGCUGAUGAAGUUUUACAGAAGAUUUCAGAAUUCCUCGUACCUCAAGUGCAUAACAGUCUCGAUUCGUUCAUUUCAUCGUUGCAUAAGGAAGAAACAUUUAGGCCAUACGGAGAGUUGUUGCAUUCUUUUUCCAUAAAUGCCGACGACAAUAUACGUCAGUUCGAGGUUUAUAAAGGGAACAUGAAUUGUAAAGGAUUCAGAGAAUACCACCAACGCCUUCAAACAUUCCUUUUGUGGUAUAUAGAUGCAGCCAACUUUAUUGACAUCGAUGAUGACCAAUGGCAUUACUUCAACAUGUUUGAGAAAUAUACUUCCAACACUGGGUCAACUCGAUAUGCUACCAUUGGUUUCGCUACCGUGUAUCAGUAUUAUGCCUAUCCACGUCACACCAGACCACGUAUCGCACAAGUUUUAAUUUUGCCACCAUUCCAAAAUCUGGGUCUUGGUACUCACCUUUUGCGGGCGAUUUAUCAUGAAUACAUUGGCAGAAGUGAGGUGAAAGACAUAACGGUUGAAGACCCAUCUGUAGGGUUUCAACGAUUAAGAGACUAUGUCGAUGCUCUCAAUUGUGAUACAUUGCCGAGUUUCAGCCGAGAAUGUUUAGUCCAAGGCUUUAAUAAAACUAUGGCAGCCGAAGCUAGGGAAAAGUUUAAAAUUAACAAGAAACAAGCUCGUCGUGUGUACGAAAUUUUGAGGUUGCGUGCAACCGAUCUCUCGAAUGAACAGGAGUAUAGAGAAUAUAGAUUAGAUGUGAAGAAAAGACUUAAUAUUCCAUAUAAACGAGAGCAGCAGGAUCUUAAGAAAAUGGAGUCAGUUUUGAAAAUGCUCGAUAAAUACUCCAACGUUGCGCUACCUGCACCGGAACAACGACUACAGACCCUUGAAAAGGAAUAUCGCACUUUGGAAGAGGAAUAUAAAAAGGUUAUCAAACGUAUGGAUGAAAUCUCUGAGUUGUAAAUUGUAAACGCCGCUAGAAUAACGUUUUUACCUUCGAUAUAUCGUUACGAAUAAAUCACGAGUAUUUUGUUUCAUUCAUUGGUGUUAUAAAUGGCGAAGUGAUGUAAUUAAUGUUAAUUUCUGUAAUAGUCGAAUGCAAACAAAAUUAUCCUGCACUUUGAAUAAAUUUUCUUUUUUAUAUUUGA